UUUUAUCUUUAACAUUCAUUUAUAUUUAAUUAUUUUAUUUAUUGUUGCAUUCAUUCCCUAAUUGAUGAGCUUUGUCCAAACUACUACAAAUUACGAAAUAUUAGACAUCAAUUGGAAAAUUGAAUCUGAAAUGUAAAAAAUCGUAAUCUAAGAUCUCAUGGAAUUCUGAUCGUACCGUAUCAGUAUGGCCGAUAUCGCGGAUAACGUACCAUUCACCGAUCCUGCAACCGCGAUUUCUCAGGGUAGACGACAUCUUCUUGUACGUGAUUACACGAUGGCUGUGACCGCACUUGCCCAGGCUUGCGAAUUGCUCGCGAAAAAGCACGGUGAUACGGCGGACGAAUUAGGCGAACCGUAUCUUCUUUACGGACGUGCACUUCUAGGUCUCGCUAGAGAGGAAGCUGGUGUUUUGGGAGGAGGAAUACCAGGCUCUGAGGAAGCUCAAGGUGAGGAAGAUGCAGAAGACGACGACGAGGACGAUGAGGAAGAUGAAGCCGACGAGGAAAAGCUGAGUAAAGUUGAUGAGAAAGAAGAGGAGGAGGAGGAGGAUGAAGAAGAAGAGGAAGAAGAGGAGGAUGAAAAAAAUAAUAAAAACGAAUCCAUGAAGACAACUACCGACGAUACCACCCCGAAGAAAAAUGCAAAAGAUGAACAAGAUGAAGAAACUAAGGAAGAAGAUGUAAAGAAGAAGGAACACGAUGAACAGGAAGUGAAAACUUUACUAGAAUCUGAAAGGGAGAACAUUUCUAAAAAUGAUGAAACCGAUGCUUCGGCAACUUCGUCGAAACAACAGAAUGGAAAUAUACAAGAAAACGGUCAACACGAUAACAUCGAGGAUAUAACUAAAACUGAAGAAGAGGACGAGGUAAACAAUCUUCAGGUCGCUUGGGAGGUGCUGGAAUUAGCAAAGUUAGUUUUGCUAAAACGAGGGCCAGCAGGAUGGAAACUGUUGGCCGAUUCCUACCGAUUGCUUGGGGAAGUAGCCAUGGAAGGAGGAAAUCACAAAGGAGCACUCAACGAUCUACAAGGAUGUUUGAAUCUACUGGAGAAGAUCGAUCCACGCGAGCCUAGAGCGAUUGCCGAAAUUCAUUAUCAAUUGGGAUUAGCUCAUUCCUUGGGCAAUGAUUUUGAUGCUAGCAUAGAAGAAUUUAACAAAGCUACUAUGCUUUUAGAAUCACGUAUAAAAGAACUAGAAGCGAUCACUGAACCACCAAAGACUGACGAUCCUUUUUAUACCGUCGAGGGAGAGAUCCAAGAAUUGAAGGAUCUCCUUCCAGAGAUUCAAGAAAAGAUCACAGAUAUGCAAGACUUUAAACAAGAAGCUUGCAAGCUCGUUAUAGAAAGCCUUAAAAGUGAAGUUUCGCGUAGUAAUUCAAACGGUGCUGGACCUAGUUCAGAUACGUCGUCGUCAUCAGCUGGUAGCUCGACGAAUCCAAAAAUUGUAAAGCCAGCUAGCGAUAUAUCGCACCUCGUACGAAAAAAACGUAAGGCUGACGAACCUGAAACAGAAGUCUCCGUACCGCCAUGCAAAAAGCCGACACCCGAAAAAGCUGUCUGAACAUAGAAGGUCUUAAUAAUUACGGUUUAAGUCGCUAUUACGAACUUUUGCGAGAUUUUCGCUGGGUGAACUAGAUUUUGUUAUACAUAUUUAAUACUGGACGAAAGCAAAGCUCAGCUUUUAUUUCGAUAACAAUGCCUCAAGCUUCUUAUUGUUUUUAGAAUUCUCUUUAAUGUUUCUUUUUUUCUUCAUCAAUGGAAAGUAUAUGAGGUAAUUCCUUCACAAAACGUGUUGCUUUUUUCUUUUCUUUUUCCAUUUUUUACGUGAAAUAUUGUGAACGUUCAUUUAUUUAUUAUCAUGCGAUACAUUAGUUAUAACGCAUUUGUAUUGCUCUAGAAGAAAUGGAUCUAGUUUUCACCAAUAGGACUUUGAUGUAAUUUGUUAGAAAUAAAUCUAAGGUUGUUUUCGUGUGCUAAGUUUAAAUAAUAAAGAUUGACAUUCUGAAUUUUUCUAAA